UUUUCAGAUUUUACUUUGAAAAAAAGGAAUGAAAAAAGGAUUUUUUGUCGUAUUAUUAAAUACCAUUAUACACGCAACUGUGGCAUGGAAACAAUCAUUGACAUUUUCAGAUUGUUGGUCAAUAUAUUAUGUAAAUAAUGACCACUCAUAUGAAAUCACAUGGAAUGGGGAUGAAAUAUAUUCGCCUUGUCAAGUUACCUUCCAUGGAUAUGACUCUGAUAACGUACUCAAUGAAUAUAAAGUGUGUAUUCGAGCGUCCAAUUGGAAUAUUACCGAUGAUGGUUCUGGAGUUGAAUUGAUGUAUUACAUGGGAGAUGACGUUUUAAAUGACUAUCUUGAAAAAACAUACAGUAAACAAAGCAUGUCUUCUGCAACAGAACAAUGGUGUUCGGAGGGUAAUAAGUAUGUUGAUGUAAAACUAAAGACGACCUCUUCAAUUUACACACAGGGAAAAAUUAAACUACAAGUCAGUGCACAUAUGACAUACAACUAUUAUAAAUCUAUCGCAUGGAUUAUUGGUGGAACAAUUGGUGGAGUUGCUUUGCUUAUAACAGUAGUUUCCAUGGUAAUAGUGAUUUGCUGUCGACGACGACAGAAUGCAGGGGUAGUGUACAAUACACCGAAUGUAGCUGGUAACACUAUCUUAACACAAUCCGGGUCACAACAACUGGCCGAUGGAGGAUUCUCAAACCAAGGCUACUGGAACCACCAGGCACCACCGUCUUACUACCAUUCAACAAAUACACCAUAUCCUGCAACACAGGAGACUAGCAGAGCAGGUGUACACCAAAAGCAAUAAAUUACUGUUUUUUAUUUGAACUGAAAUAAACAUCAAAAUUAACAUAAAAUCUUAAAGCGUUCUCAUCCCUCUCGGAACUUGUCAAGUUGUCCGUGUCGUUGCGUUACAAAAGCUGAAUCGCAGUUGUUUCCGGUUUCACGUAUAGAGGUUAUACGCACGAUUUGCUUCUCAAUCGUCCGAAAUUUGACGUUUAACGC